AUGGUAGCCACGGCCAACACGGCACCACCUUCCAUCAAGGAGCAACAAGCCGGCAAACUCCGCAUCUUCGUCACUGUCGGCACCACGCGCUUCGACUCGCUCCUCCGUGCCGUUCUCUCGCAGGACUUUUUCGACGCGGUUGCUCGACUCGCUCCCCGGUCUUCAACGGAAGACGCGGCUCAAGUGCAAGUCGUCGUGCAGUAUGGAAACUCUUCCAUUGCGGACAUCCUGACCAAUUCGGCGCUGGCAUCGGUGGAUGAGGGAAGUGAAAUCGUGCCCGAACCAGGGAUGCGCAUUGUCAACGGUCGACGAGUCUACCAGAGUGGCGCCAACAUCCAAGGCCUCGAUCCCGGACGAACAGGCACCAUCUCCGGUCUGCGUCUGCGCACCGUCUCCCAAGAUGCACGAAGCGCUGCGGAUGCCAGACACGCAGGGAAAAGCAUCUUCGACCGCAUCCUCGACGAGGCCAAAGCCAUGCAAGGCUUGGGAACCGGUACCAUGGCUAGCUCGACACUCCAGGGGGCAACGCUGCAAGCCGAAACAUCGCAUGGCAUCCAGCUGGAGCUUUUCCAGUUUGCGCCUGAUCUGCAAUCGUACAUUCGAUCGGCCGACAUUGUCAUCAGUCACGCUGGAUCCGGCACGAUCCUGGACACGCUGAGGAUGCGCCCUCACCCGCCGAGCUUGGUGGUGGUGCCCAACACGUCGUUGAUGGACAACCACCAGGUUGAGCUGGCUCAAGCUCUAGGAAAGGACAGGUUUCUCCUCGUGGCGUCCGAAGAUUCGUUGGCAAACGACGUGUGCCGAGCAGGAAGCACGGUCUUCGAACCUUUUCCCGAUUUCGAUCCGUCCCGAUUCGCAGCCAUUGUAGAUGAGGCGAUGCAGUUCUAG